AUGAGGCGAGGACAAGUCCAUGAUCGGCCACAAAAAGGAAAGCAGGGGCCAGCCAAAUCUGACAGCUCACGCCUGUCGCCCUUGGUGAUGAACAACCCGGUCAACCAGGCAGCUGACUGGUCACACGAAUCUUACUUCCUGCAGGACAUCGUCAGCAUGUUUCAUCUCCCUCAGGUUGUACGAUGUGCCAGCAGACUGAUGCCUGGAGAAGACAAGUUCCUGCCUUUCAAUAUCUACGUGCCCAUGUUGCUGUGCAGUGGAAGAACAGCCAAGAAACUGUUGGCCAAACAUGUCGGUCGUGACGCUAGAACACAGCAUUUGAUGGAGACUGAGGAUAGCAUUGUGAUACCCAGUGAUUAUGAUGGUCACUUCCUGAGCCUGCAGGCCCGAACAACCAAAGAUAGGACAGCUGUGUGUUCACUUCUGCAAAUCGCCAACAACCCAAUCCCAGCUUUCAUUAAUCUGGCGCCGGUCAAGUCGUUUGCUUGUACUGACACUGUCAUAAACAAAGGCAGCACAGACAACAUCAACAGUGAUAUAUCAGAAACCAGUGGCAGUCAUGUCAGUGGUCAUGUUAACAAGUCAAGCAACAAACACAGAGUCCACAUAGUUCCACAGAAGUGCCUGGUGCAUCCCGCAGGAAGUGUCUUUGUGGUGUCAGGCACAGCCAAAGGCACAGCGAAAGUCAAAAGUAGGACCAGGGAGGUGACUCUUCUUAGAUGUUCUAAUGAGGAAGGCAAAGAUUUAUUUAUACCUUGUGAUCAGGCAGGAGACUUUCUACAAGUGGAAGUUCCAUCAAAUGGGAGUAUGCGACUCUCUGUUCUUCCGGAGGACCUUGUCUCGACCAAUCGGUAUCCCCAGCUGGUGCGCUAUGUUUACGGAGAUCAUCCACCUCGUUUAACCCCAUGUUCUAAAACAUUUACUCUGAUUGACUCAUUUGAAGAGGAGUCUUUGAUUGGUUGUUUACUAUAUCCAAACCAUGCUUUGAUGAUUGAAGUACCAAUGACAUCGACUCUGAAUUUUCAGGUGGCAAACAACCAUGAUGAAGUCAUGUCCAUGUCACUGCCGCAGCAUGCUUUGAGUGUGGUCAGGACCAGGGAAGAAACAUUCAUUCGAGAUCUGAAGCUGAAAUGUAAAUUUGUGCAUUUAGUCAGUUCUGGAUUUGGUCAGCCUGUGGGACGGGCUGCUGGCACAGAUGAUGAUGAUGAUAUGCCUAGUGCUACAAUGAGAGCUCGCCAGUAUGCCAAUGAAGCGUUCUUUUACAUGUGA